GACCCUUGUCCAACGGCCAAUCUCGCGUCGUGAACUUUCGCGACUUCGAUCUGAGCUUCAACCUCGAAACAGUCCUCACCACCAUCGCUGCUUCCCGCCACUUGUACGCUUAUGCCGCUGCUUCUCGUACAUAUUGAUUUUCAUCACCGCCUAAUUCUCUAAUUCCAUCCUACAGUCGCCCCCGCAAUGGGCUCUCGACUACACAAUGCGCCCAUCGUGCUCGACAACGGCAGCGGCACCAUCCGAGCUGGCUUCGCAGGACAGGACCUGCCAAAAUGCUUCUUUCCUUCGUUUGUCGGCCGGCCGAAGCACAUACGGACAAUGGCAGGCGCGCUCGAGGGUGACGUCUUCAUUGGACCGCAAGCGCAGCAGUAUAGGGGGCUUUUCAAGAUAAACUACCCGCUGGAGCACGGCAUCGUCACAGACUGGGAUGAUAUGGAACGGAUAUGGCAAUACGUGUACACAGAGGAGCUGAAGACCGUCAGCGAAGACCACCCGGUACUUCUAACAGAACCCCCACUGAACCCUCGAGAAAACCGCGACACGGCAGCCCAGAUCCUCUUCGAGACCUUCAACGUUCCCGCCCUUUACACCUCCGUACAAGCCGUCCUCUCGCUAUACGCAUCGGGAAAGACAACGGGUAUCGUUCUAGAUUCUGGAGAUGGAGUAUCACAUGCGGUGCCCGUGUUUCAAGGUUUCGCGAUACCCAACAGCAUCAGGCGGAUAGAUGUGGCAGGAAGGGAUGUGACAGAGCACCUGCAGCAGUUGCUGAGGAAAAGCGGACGUGUCUUCCACACAAGCGCGGAGAAGGAGACGGUCAAGAACAUCAAGGAAACAACUGGUUAUGUUGCGCUGGACCCCGCAAAGGAGGAGAAAGAGUGGUCGGGCACCGCGCGGUCAGAAGGCAAGAGCGUUGAGUACACACUGCCCGACGGACAGAAGCUCAAGAUUGGGGCAGAGCGAUUUCGGGCGCCGGAGAUCCUCUUCAACCCCGAGAUCAUCGGGCUUGAGUACCCCGGUGUGCAUCAGAUCGUGGUCGAGGCCAUCCACAGGACCGACAUGGACCUUCGCAAGGCGUUAUAUGGCAAUAUUGUACUGUCUGGCGGUUCCACGUUGACAAAGGGAUUCGGAAACAGACUGCUCCACGAGGUGCAAAGGCUGGCGGUGAAGGACAUGCGCAUUAAGAUUCUGGCGCCCCCAGAGCGAAUAUACACCACGUGGACGGGCGGCAGUAUUCUAGCGGGCCUGAGCACUUUCAAGAAGAUGUGGGUCGAAAAGGACGAGUGGCAGGAGAACCCGGACAUCAUCCAUACCAAAUUCGCAUAGAAGCGCAUGGUGGCAUCGCAGGCUUCGAUUUGCCGCCCGUCUGCGGUUCUCCACACCGAGCUUCCCGCCUCCGCAAGCAUCGUUCGGGCAGCUGUAAGGCGCUUGGGACGCGGCGUUAGUCAUGGAAUCGGAUUUUGACUCCCGACAAGCAAGGGCAGCGCACCAACCACGCAGCUGGGAGCGUCGGAUAUUCUCAGGGGAUCGACGUG